CCUCGGGGAUGACGCUACCAGGCCUCGGCUUGACAGGCAGGUACGGCUUGGGGGCCGCCAUAUUGGGAGCGGAAGCGGAGUGAGUAGCGGCGGCGGCGGUAGUAGUAGCAGAAGCCCUGCUGGACGUCGGGAGGUUGGCUUUGCCCAGCAGCGGUUUCUUCCGAGCCGAGUUCUCUCCCUCCUCGCCCGCGCGUGGGCAGCUCUGCCUCGUCCUCCGCCCCCAGUGCAGGGGUUGGGAGCGCAAGUGUACCGGCAGUGCCCUCCCCUUGGCCAGGAGGAGGAGGAGGAAUCCUGACCCGGAGCCUGAGCAAGACACUGUGGGGCAGCGGCUGCGGCGGCGGCUCCAGGUGGGGGGAGCUCGGAAGUUAAAGCGGGAAGAUGCCGUUAGCGCAGCUGGCGGACCCCUGGCAGAAAAUGGCUGUGGAGAGCGCGGCGGAGAGCAGCAGCAGCAGCAGCGCCGAGAAUGGCCAACAAAUCAUGGAUGAACCUAUGGGAGAAGAAGAGAUAAAUCCGCAAUCAGAAGAAGGCAAUAUUAAAGAGAUUGCAAUAACAUAUCACGUCAAGGAAGGACAUGAAAAAGCAGACCCUUCACAAUUUGAACUCCUUAAAGUGCUAGGACAGGGGUCUUUUGGAAAGGUAUUCCUUGUAAAAAAAAUCUCAGGAUCGGAUGCAAGACAGCUGUAUGCAAUGAAGGUGCUAAAAAAAGCAACACUCAAGGUUCGUGAUCGUGUUCGGACAAAAAUGGAGCGUGACAUUUUAGUAGAGGUUAAUCAUCCCUUUAUUGUCAAGUUGCAUUACGCUUUUCAAACAGAAGGGAAGCUAUACCUUAUUUUAGACUUUCUCAGAGGAGGAGACUUGUUUACACGGUUAUCCAAAGAGGUGAUGUUCACAGAAGAGGACGUCAAAUUCUACCUGGCUGAAUUAGCACUUGCUUUAGAUCAUCUGCAUAGUCUUGGAAUAAUAUACAGAGAUCUAAAACCAGAAAACAUAUUACUUGAUGAAGAAGGACAUAUUAAAUUGACAGAUUUUGGUUUAAGCAAGGAGUCUAUUGAUCAUGAGAAAAAAGCGUAUUCCUUCUGUGGAACAGUAGAAUAUAUGGCCCCAGAAGUGGUUAAUCGGCGGGGGCAUACACAGAGUGCAGACUGGUGGUCUUUUGGAGUGUUAAUGUUUGAAAUGCUCACUGGUACUCUACCUUUCCAAGGGAAAGACAGAAAAGAAACCAUGACACUGAUUCUCAAAGCCAAACUUGGAAUGCCUCAGUUUUUAAGUCCAGAAGCUCAGAGUCUUCUCCGAAUGCUUUUCAAGAGAAACCCUGCAAACAGAUUAGGAGCAGGUCCUGAUGGAGUUGAGGAAAUUAAGAGGCAUCCAUUUUUCUCCACAAUAGACUGGAAUAAAUUGUACAGAAGAGAAAUUAAUCCACCAUUUAAACCAGCAACUGGUAGACCUGAAGACACAUUUUAUUUUGACCCCGAAUUUACAGCAAAAACUCCAAAAGAUUCACCUGGUAUUCCACCUAGUGCUAAUGCUCACCAACUUUUUCGGGGCUUCAGUUUUGUAGCUAUUGCAACCGAUGAUGAAAGUCAAGCAAUGCAGACAUCUGUUGGGCACUCGAUUGUUCAGCAGUUACACAGGAACAGUAUUCAGUUUACUGAUGGAUAUGAAGUGAAACAAGAUAUAGGAGUUGGCUCCUAUUCGGUGUGCAAGAGAUGUAUACAUAAAGCAACAAAUAUGGAAUAUGCAGUAAAGAUAAUAGACAAGAGUAAAAGAGAUCCCACAGAGGAAAUAGAAAUCCUGCUACGAUACGGACAGCAUCCAAAUAUUAUUACUCUCAAAGAUGUGUACGAUGAUGGGAAAUGUGUGUACCUGGUAACAGAACUUAUGAAAGGAGGAGAGCUGUUGGACAAAAUCCUUAGGCAAAAAUUUUUUUCAGAAAGAGAAGCCAGUGCUGUUCUACUGACAAUAACAAAAACUGUUGAAUAUCUUCAUGCACAAGGAGUUGUACACAGAGACUUGAAACCUAGCAACAUCCUUUAUGUUGAUGAAUCUGGCAAUCCAGAAUCUAUUCGAAUUUGUGACUUUGGUUUUGCAAAGCAGCUGAGAGCAGAAAAUGGCCUUCUAAUGACUCCUUGUUACACAGCAAAUUUUGUUGCUCCUGAGGUUUUAAAAAGGCAAGGCUAUGAUGCUGCAUGUGACAUAUGGAGCCUUGGUGUUCUGCUUUAUACAAUGCUGACUGGCUACACUCCAUUUGCAAAUGGUCCUGAUGAUACUCCAGAAGAAAUUUUGGCACGAAUAGGCAGUGGAAAGUUCUCUCUCAGUGGUGGAUACUGGAAUUCUGUUUCAGAUACAGCAAAGGACUUGGUUUCGAAAAUGCUUCAUGUUGACCCUCAUCAGAGGUUGACUGCUGCCCAGGUCUUGAGACAUCCAUGGAUUGUCCACUGUGACCAGUUGCCUCAGUUCCAGCUAAACAGGCAAGAUGCUCCACAUCUUGUGAAGGGUGCCAUGGCUGCUACAUACUCAGCGUUGAACCGCAAUCAGUCGCCAGUUUUAGAGCCAGUGGGCCGUUCUACCCUUGCUCAACGAAGAGGAGUCAAAAAAAUUACCUCAACUGCCCUGUGAAGUGACCUUAGUUGAAAAAUGUGGUACCAUAAUACGAUGAUAGCACAAAUCAUGGCAACAGGUAGCACAUAUCCAAGAUACCUGCAAGCACACUGUUCCAGCUGGUACCUAUUAUGCUGCUGCUCCUGCUUUCAUCUGUUCUUGCUUUAAACUAUCAGUGGCAAAAUAUUGCCCUUCAGAUGGAAUAUAAAGUGGAAUCAAUGGGAAAUGAACUAUUCAUGGAGAUAGUAGAAUUCCAUACACCCAUCACAUCAAAUACACUGAAUGAAGCACUCUCUCCCCAUAUAGCAUUAUUUUUAUAGGGAAUAUUUUUACUUUAAAAUAUUCUUCGUUACAUGUAUGGAUGGACAGUUUAUGUUAAGCACUUAGCUUAAACAGUAUGUUUAUAUUAGCACUGUAUUAUUUGUGCCAUCCAACAUUUUAUAUGUUUUUUGUAAACUUUUCAUAAGCAGUACAUUUCUGUACUGUUUCCUUUUACAUGCCUUCUAUUUAGACUAAUUAAAUUUGACAAUUAUGUUUGAUUAAAUGGUUAAUCAACAUGGUUAACAUCUCUAAAGCAGCUUGACUGUUAAACAGCUAUUGAAUGUAAUUCUGUGAAUGUGUUUUGUGUAUGUCUCUCCGCAGACAUAUGGUUAGAAGUCAUGGGAAUCCAGAGCUGUUGAUGGCACAUUAGGUUUCUCACCAUCAGAGAUGUGGAAUUGAAUCUGUACUGACAUGAAAAAGCAACUAUGUAUCUCUAGUGUGCAUGUCCUUUUUGUGGACAUCAGACGCCAUGGCAAAAUAGUUUAACCAGUUUUGUUGUGUUUAGUUGUAAUUGGUCAUCUAAAACCCAAAACUUUGCUGCUUCAAGAGUAGGGAUAAAUCUUCCACAGAGCUAAACUGAAAUAGGGUGGGAAAUGUAACAUUUAAAGCUAAAGCAGUGCAUUAUAUAUUAAAGAGCAUGCCAGAAAAAUAUAAAAGGGGGGGGAUCAGGAAAUUGUACUUAGGAGGUUGGCUGAACUUGGGCUAUUUUCAGCUUGCAAUCCAAAGCAGAAUGGCAUUUGAGUUGAAUGGGGAUGUGCCCAGUGUCUUCAACCUUUCCUAGUGGCUCUGCUAUUAGCAUUGGACUUUUGGUCAUUGCUAGUCAAUCAGCUGGCCAGCUGAGGCUACAAUCCUAACCACACACAACUAAUGACUAAGCCUGCAGUGGGGCCUGGACUUUGUUUUUAUUAUUUUAAUGAGAAAGUGGGGAAAGGUCUGUGUUCCCAGCUUGUUUGAAUUGUCUUUGAGUACUUGUUUUCUGGGAAAUAUUGAAGUUGUAUUUACUAAAAAAAAUCGAUAUGUUGAAGUACAGCAUAAUUUUGACGGAUCAUCCCAGAGUUCUGCCAAAGAUUUUUUUUAUUUAAUAGUAAUGUUUCUGAGUUUUGACAACAAUUUAGUCCUAAUUCAGUGUGCUAAACAAAAUAGCAGCAAGAUAGGCAGUGAGUAGUAGUUUUCUUGGGUCUUACAAAUGCUUACCUUUUCUAAGGUCACUCAGCCCCAUAUAGUAUUUUAGUCUUCCUCUUGUAGUAACUUCUAGUGCUUUGCAUCAUGCCUUGCCUUACAAACUCAUGCAAUUCCUUUCGUUUUGUUGUUUCAGGUUAUUUUAUUUUUUAUUUAUAAAUAGCAUUUCAAAAGCAUGCUUUUUCUUUCCUUCCACAUCAGACUAGUCUGCAAAUCAAGCCUGUGCUUAGAAGUUGCUAAUCUAACCACCCAGAGGCCUUUAAUUUACUAUCUUUUUAUUUGUUGUGUUUUGAAAUCCAGUUUUCUUCUGUUACUUUUAAAUAAUUAGACAAGUUGCCAGCAAUCUUCCUUGGAGCAACAAAUCAAAAAUUGCUCAUCCCCUCUGUCCUCAAUCUCAUAGUUAAAGAGACAAUUGUUACUCAAUGACAUUUCAUAUAGAUGUGGUAGUACUAAAAUAUCUGGGCAGUUAACAUCCCUUAUUCUUCAUUCAUGUGAUUUGGAGUGUUCUGUGCAAAGAAUGAGCCAGCUACCUUUUCCAGUUGGGUUUCCUGAAUAUUGUCUCUGAAGUAUUGAUCCAAUAUUGUGGAUUCAGAGUAUCAGCAUAGGAAGUGGUGCUGGGGGGGCUGCAGGGGGAAUUGGCAGAAAUCUCCCUCUCCUCCUGUGGAAGCCUCUGCUGUUUCUCAGACCCCUUUUUAGUGGAAAGGUGGAAAGGCAAUACCUAGACCCAAACAUCUUAUGCUUCUUUUACUCUAUUUUUAAUCAGAUAUUUUCAAUAGGCUGCUGUCUUAGCUCUGUGGUCCUGCGUGUAUUUCAUUCUUAACUAGACUGGUCCUCAACUACUAGUUGAUCAGCACAAUAAUACCUCUGAAGCACUUAUGACACAAUUCAUAAACACAAUUCAUAAACAGACAUUCCAUUUGUGUCUCUUGACUUUUGAAGAGACUAGCUAAAAAAACUCAGCAUUUUUUUAAAAAUUCCCCCAGUUUCCCACAAAUAACUUAAAUCAACCCAAAGGAAGGAAGCAUAUUAUUUCCAUGGUCAAGUUUAUUCAGUCUUGUCAUAGAUGGGCUAGCUUAAGUUGUAACAUAGCUAUCAUAUCUUAAAUUUGAUAAGGAUGCUAAAAUGCUUGCAGCUAUUGGCUAAAAUCCAGUAUUUUGGCAAAUCAUUUAAAAAUAAUUCAAUAGCAAUGUAAUAGAUAUCAAUAAUGGUAUAGGGCCUUGGUCUCAUUGCCAUUAACAAACAGUUGCCUUGGGAAACUGAACUGAUUUCUUGGAAUAACUUGGGCUUUCUACCUGUGAUCUCAAAUUAGUUAACACAUUUCACGAACCUGUAGGAAACUGUUCUAGUCUUGUGCAAAGGAAGACCUCUUUCAGGGAUUGCUUUGUCAUUGAGGGGUUUUUUUUCUCAGAGCUUUAAAGAUGCUCGUCUUUUUGCACUUGCGUUAGAUCUAUUCAUAACAGUCGUCAUUCUGCUUUGGUAGCUUUGCUCUUGAGAAAGAGGCGUGUCUUAAUUUAAAUCAUUCCCUUUAUGUUAUGUUUACAAAAUAACUUUGCACAGUUGGAUUCAAGUAUAUCCAGUCUUGCAUCGUUCGCUUGGGCUUUGCGACAUCCAGCUUCUCAUCUGGGGCCACUCAUGCUGCAACCCCACUUACUAGAUAGUAAGCCCUGAUCAACACAAUAGGUUUUAUUUCUGAGUAAAUAUGCAACAGAAUUGCACUGUAAAUCUUAAAAUGUUACUCUUGAGUAAAAACUCACCUGACCCUAGAAAAAUGUGAACUACUUUAGGCUAGUGUUCGUUACUAUGUCUCCCUAGAAUGAAAUUCAGUUGUUCAUCUAAGCAUCGCUGCUCCAGCAGAACUUUUCCACUAAUGAAGGAAGAAGAAUGGGGAUUAUUUGUUGAUUUUCCCGCUCCUCCUCCUCUCCAGAACUAAUUUUCAGGGGCACUGAGGGCCAUAGGCAGGAGGGGGAGUCCAGAAAAAGACCUCCCCUCUUCCUCUGUUAGCAGGUGCCACCUGCCGGAUCACAGUCCUUGCGCUUGUGUAGGGGCAGCAAUUAGUUAGUCCCUAGUUACUAACUUACACCCUUUUUCUUAUACAAGCACUCCUUCCUCUACCUAAACUCUGCUUUAUAACAAGUUAGCUAACUGGACAACACCUACAGCAAUAACGUUGGCUUGUUUCAGACAAGACACAUCCAUAUCCAAAUACAGUAUUUUUUUACUGUCUAUAUACAGAGCCUAGGGCUUGCCAUUCAGAAGGUCAGCGGUUCGAAUCCCUGUGACGGUGUGAGCUCCCGUUGCUCAGUCCCAGCUCCUGCCAACCUAGCAGUUUGAAAGCACGUUGAAAGUGCAAGUAGAUAAAUAGGCACUGUUCCGGUGGGAAGGUAAACAGUGUUUCCGUGUGCUGCUCUGGUUUGCCAGAAGCAGCUUAGUCAUGCUGGCCCCAUGACCCGGGAAAAUUGUCUGCGGACAAACGCCAGCUCCCUCGGUCAGUAAAGUAAGAUGAGCGCUGCAGCCCCAGAGUCGUUCACAACUGGACUUAACUGUCAGGGGUACCUUUACCUUUUAAUGCAUUAAUAUGGGAAUGGAAAAUGGUUUCUGUGUUGCACUGACUGUCUCAUACCCACAGGAGAAUCAGAAUCCUCCAAAAAAAGAUGUAUAGGUGCACAUGAUUCGGAAGAUAAGUUGUACUGCUUCAAUUUUGGCUUUUUUUGAAUACUUCAGGCAGUGAUCAGGGAGGCUCAUUUUCAUUUUCUGUAAAAAACGUCUCUCAGCUAACGGAAACAUAUUUAAAUUUAAGAAACCAUUGAUUUGGUUGGCCUUAUUUUACACAUGGAUAUGCUCACCCAAGCUCAGUUAUAUGCUAGAAACUAUUUAACAACAAGUAAUUUUACAGUUCCUCUAGUGAUCACAAACCUCUUCCCUUCAGCGCUAUUGGUAGACUGAUUUCUUAAAGGUUUUAAACCAAAGUAUAAUAUUUGCAACUACUGUAAAAUAUAACUGCAAAAUCAUGUUACUUUUUAUAUCUGAGAGGAACCACCAGUCUACUGCUGUUGCUUCCUGUCUGUGGCUUAAAAUAUUGGUAUCAACAAUGCAGUUAUCACUGAAGCUCCCCAAAUAUUCAAGAAAUCAUGCCCUUACUAAAUUUGAUUGAAUUGUCAAACUAGUUGCUUUAAAAUGGCAAAAGGCAAACUCAUUUAGAGUGUUUAGGACUGUUGACUUACCCAAGAUUUUUGGAGUGUAAGUUUGAAAAAAAUAAUUCACAAUAAAAUAGCCCAACUCAGUCCUUUAAUCCUUUCACUGAUGAUCACCUGCAUAGCUCAGUUGGUUAGAACAUGGUGCUGAAAAACCCUUUCACUGGUCUUCACUUGCUCACAUUUUCCCUUCCACAAAGUUAAUAUUCCCUGUGUAUUCAUAACUGUGGUAAGAGAAAUAAAUAUGCCUACUUAGAUUCAGCAUUGGCACCCUUGAAACCACUUUAAAAUGUCAGGACCCUUAAGACACUCAUAUGAAUGUAAAGAAGUUACAUUUUCAUUACUCUCAAUAUAUAAACUGGAUAUUCUGAAUUUAUUGCUACCUGAUAGAGAGGUGGCAAGAACCUGUCAGCUUAAUUUAUAUCUCUGGUAAUAUGAAGCAGCUUUCCAAGGCCCAACAAGCCACCCUGACAAGAUGUCAAACCGCAGGAUUUUCCUCAAAUAAGCACUAUACUGGUUUUAUGACAUCUCAAAAGUACUCUUUACUGUAUUUUCUUUUCCUUACAAGGUAUGAUAUGGAAAGAAAGAAAGGGCUUGAGAACUGCAGUUGGGUGUCCAGCAAAACAAAAUAAAUUAGUAGUUAUGUUCUCAAUAUCCGAGCAGGAGAAAACUGAGAUUUCCUACAAUAGUUCUUGUUAGAUUAGCUGUCAAGACCAAGCAAGCAAAGUAUUUAAAAUUGAUUUUUAAAUACAGAAUCAGGGCAUAAGGAAAUAAUUGUAUGUAGUUUUGUUGUAGUAAAUGUAGUAGAUGAACUGAAGCAUUGCUUUUCUGGUAAUGGAAAGGAAGGUUUUGUUCAGAGGCAUGUGAAUCCUAGGUAAGCAGUAAUGAAUGGCUUUUAACUCAUGAAAGUGAUGUAUAUGAUUAGCUUUAUCUUUAUACUUCUGACCUAGGGAAAGUGCACUCAUGAGGGAUGUAAUUAUUUUAACAGUUUUAGUGAAGGGAGGGGGAAUCUACUUAAGAGAUUUUUUUUAAUAUCAGAAAAUAUUUUUCUACAGUUAUGUACAAUCAUUCUUUAUAUUGACUUCUUCAGCAUGGCAUGCAAGUCUAAGGUACAACAAAAGGACCUGGCUGUAUUGUACCUUUAGAGAGUAGAAAAUUAAAAUAGCAUCUGUUGGAUGCUUUUGUUAGCAUCAUGGAACUGAAGUGCUGAUAAGGAGACUAAAGGACUGAUAACUUCUGAUGGUUUUAUGGAGAGCUAUGUAUGUUUUAAAAAAAUACUGUAUAUGUGUAAUCGGAAAUGUUCCAGAUAUAACCACAGAUGAGCCUUGAAAGAUACAAUUGCUUGUAUCCUUGUCAAAGGGCAGGUUUUGUAGUCUUCAAAAGAAAUUGAAUUUAUACAGCAAAUAAACUUUCAAAGAUAUAUUAAUGUGUGAGUUUCAAGUAAUCUGCCACUUCUCUCAUUACAAAACAAGUAUUAUUCAUUAGUUGCGUGAUUCUUAGCUUGUUCACAUUAUGUUGUAUGGAAUAGAGUCUCCUCCCUGCUCUCAAGCCUACUGUGCAUGCCUGAAUAAGUAGGAGAGGUGCCCACAAAGAAUAGUUGGCAAACAUGCCAAACUAACGCUUUUAGACUUCUGUAGUAAAUUAAUAAUUUCAAGAGCAGGCAGAUGCUGUGUUACAGACUUGCAUGGCCUUCACGUCCAAAGUCCAGCAUAACCCGGUUUCUUCCAGCCACCUUCAGAAACUACUUAUGAUUAUGCUCGCCUCUGGAGCAGGCCUCUUCCUGCACCAAAGCUUUGUGUAACCAAUGAGAAACUCCCUACUGCAGCUAAUCCCAGUGGAACUUGGUUGGACUGUCAGGGAGACCCACUUGCAAAGGAGCAAUUAGGAAAUUUAGGGAAGAUCCAGCUCAUGGGCCCUACUGCCAAAUGAAAACAUGGAGGGAAAAUAAAAUUCUAUGAGCAAAUGGGAGAUCCAUUCAUCUGAUCAGCAAGUAUAAAUGAUCUUGAACCACCUAAAGAUUCACAGGGUUUUCAUUUGCUGGUAAGUUUUAUAUAUUUUUGUCUUCCAAAAUGCCAGUUUUUAAGAAGUCAAAUAUUUUACUUCAUUGGUAUGAAAUCUCCCAUCCAACCUCCCUCCCUGUGCUGCAUAUUCUGGCAUGGAACAUACCAAGAAAAAAAAUAAACACCACACAAUUCAAUUGUUGAUAAGUAUAUUCAUAGCUGUGUGGAGUCCCAUCCACAGGGAAACGGGGGUGGGGUGGUGGUGCCGCUACAUAUUGUUAACAGUGGUGUGCUAAAUUAGGCCUCUACAGUGACACUGGAUUUCUGAUGCCCUUGCCUUGACAAACCAGUCGACUGCUGAUCUCUCUUUGCUGCUGCAAACUGAUGAAGCUAUAAUCUAGAACUGUGACUUUCAAAUUCUGAGCUAGAGAACAGGAGUUCUUCGAAUAAGAUCUUCAAUAAGAUAAUAGUGGAUAAGUUUCCGUGAAAUGCAGUUUGCCAGGCCAUAGCAAUCUGCCUCUGUGAUCUGCAACUACAGUGGUACCUCGGUUUAACUACACAAUUGGUUCCGGAAGUCUGUUCAUAAACUGAAGCGUUCAUAAACUGAAGUGAACUUUCCCAUUGAAAGUAAUGGAAAGUGGAUUAAUCCGUUUCAGAUGGGUCCGCAGAGUAAUCAACCUGAAGCGUACUUAACCCAAAGCAUGGGUGUAAUUGGUUCCGGAAGUCUGUUCAUAAACUGAAGCGUUCAUAAACUGAAGCGAACUUUCCCAUUGAAAGUAAUGGAAUGUGAAUUAAUCCGUUCCAGAUGGGUCCGCGGCGUUCAUAAACUGAAAAUUCGUAAACCGAGGUGUUCAUAAACCUAGGUUCCACUGUACAGGAUAAGAGUUCAGUAUAUUCUAUUUAGAGCAGGGGAAGUUAAUGUAGUGCCUCCAGAUGUUGCUAGAGUAGAAGAAACACCACGGUACACCUGCAUCAGCACAACUGGACUCCUUCAUUUGCCCCAUCUACAACAAAAACAUGUCUUCUCUGUAUUGGUCUCUACAGCCACAAUAGGUGCUCACAAUGGUUCGACUUUAUCCCUGAAGGCUCACACUUCCAUUGUCUCCAGGAUGCCAACCAGAAUUCUCAUCUUUCCUGACAUUUUGCCAUGUUGGCUGGGGAUGAUGGGAACUGGAGCCCAACGAUAUGUGAAAGGUCACAGGGAUCUCACCUCUGAUGUAGACUAUGUUCUCAGUUGUAUAUUGGACCUAGUCAUUGCCCUAUAGACCAAGUACUGUGUACAGAAUGGCUUUAGAAAAGUUCCCUAAAUCUUUUCUUAUACACAAGAUUCAUUGGACAAGAUAAAAGUCUCUAAAAUAUAACUUCUUUUUUAAGGUCUGAUGAAAACCCCCACAGUCUAUAAACAUUUGUCCAACAAAUCAGCUGGACAAGAGUAAUUGAAUUUGAAAAUGACUGAGCUAGGCUGUCAGAGCUACGUUUAUUUUUCUCACUGUCCACAAAUUAGCAUUAUAUCUAAAAGAAAGGUCAAAAUCAAGAGUUGGGACAAUACAUCUAUUAGGAUCAAUCAAGUUAAAAAAUAAGAGCAAGCUUUCUUCAGAACACUCCCAAUUGUCAGGCAAAGGGGGGGGGGGAGAGAAGAAAAGCUGCCCUGAGAUUGAAGAAAUAUAAUCUGCAUUUAACAGAGCACAGAAGAUAGAGUUAGUGUAAGUAGAU